GCACUCACCAACAGUUGGUGCCAUCAAUCGAUUGGAUCUCAUACCGAUUCCUGCUGUUGUACGCUCGUCUUCGUCGACUAGAAUCCCAGAAAGUCAGGAUCUGAUAGAAGAACCACCCCACUCAAUCAUGAGAGCAUACAUCUAUGACAACGUUCCAGGUGACCAAAGAGAGCUACACGACAGCGGUGAGGACGUCGACAAGCAAACUCUGGAACGUCUCGGUGUCUUCUAUCAGCAGAUUCCGAUAGACCAGGAAGGACGAUGGGAGACAAGCAUCGACGAGUUCGCAAAGGGGAGGGGUUAUAAGAAUAGAGACAGAAUCACAGUGACCAAGGCUGGAUUAGGGGACGCAUACGAAUCGAAAAUCAAAUCUUUCUUUGACGAACAUCUGCAUGAGGAUGAAGAGAUUCGGUACAUCCUCGAUGGAUCUGGAUUCUUCGACGUCAGAGGUCACGGAGGACCUUACGAUGAUAAAUGGAUAAGAAUCUGGUUGGAGAAGGGUGAUCUCAUAGUUCUGCCUGCAGGUAUCUAUCACCGAUUCACCGUCGAUACCGCGAAUGCAAUCACAGCGAUGCGAUUGUUUCAGGAUGAACCAAAAUGGACCCCACAUUCUCGUUCAGAAUCCGAUACAGAUGCGAGGGAGGCUAGAGCUACGUACCUAGAUGGAUUGAGGCAAAGUGCCUAAGCUUGCCGUCGCUACAGCUGAUUCAGAAGACAAUGUGAAUAGAGUCAUGCAUAUG